UUGCUCUAAUGCAAACGUGCAGAGCGCAUGUCGCUCUCUAGCGCUCAGCGCCGGAACUACAUGAGAGUCGCUCUGGGAAGAGCACAGCUGUCAUAAGCGUGCAGGAGUACACUUACCAAGCUUAUAGCUGCCAACGGAUCUCGUCUGGUCGCCAGCAUGGCUCGUGGACACCAGAAAAUCCAGUCUCAGCAGAAAAACGCCAAGAAGCAGGCAGAGAUCAAGAAAUCCAAAGGCCACGACCAGAAGACCGCGGCGAAAGCGGCGCUGGUGUUCACAUGUGGUGUCUGCAGGUCACAAAUGCCAGAUCCCAAGACCUUCAAGCAGCAUUUUGAGAGCAAGCACCCCAAGAGCCCUCUCCCCCCAGAGCUGGAGGGCGUGGAGGCAUGAACGGCCCAGACACCAGAGGUUGAUUGUAUAAAACUUCACAAUAAGAGCCCUGAUCUCAAAAUUUUAUUCAGCAGGACACGAUCAGCGCUCUUACCUGAGUUUUAUACACGCAUCUUCCCCUUUACUGCAGACAUGAAUCCCGUGGAUCAAAGACUGAUGACGUUUAGCUUCCCUCUCUCAACACUGUUUCAGAGCACUUGCCUUGGCUACGAUCAGAUCAGUGUAUUACCUCAACCUGCACUCACAUGCUUUCUUUUCUCAUCUUACUUGUGUCAUUUAAUAGAUCGAGAGACGCUAGAACACUACCAGUGAUUGUCAAUUUCAUCAAUUGAUCGUCAGUAACAUAAAUGUGGUAGUUACGGACGUACAUGUCUGCUUUCGCUUGUUAGAUAAGUCAUAGAUGAGUGCAAAUGGAUAUGGGAGCGGUUUCCCUCUACUUGACGUUUAGCCUGGGCAAAAACUUUCGUUAUGAUUUUUUUUUACCUUCGCAUUUAUUAAUUUUGCUUUCCACCAAUCACUCUCUUUCAGUCCAAAACAAGCUGGUUCUAUACACUGAAACUGGAAUCUAAUGUGUUUCUGUAAAAUCACUGGAUGUGCCCGAGGUUACUGUAUUUUUAAUUUAAUGUUGCUGCAGAUCUUCUUAUUUCUCUUUGGAAUUAUCUCAAACAAUAUCGCCUCAAUGUUUGAUAUUCCUGCUCAAGCCACCUGGUUUCCACACCAAUGUAAUAUAUCUCUUUAAUAAAAUUUAACUUUAA